AUGGCUCGAGCACCGAGUCGUAGACCUUCCAACGCAGAGGACGACUUUUGGCAUCAACACUACAACCCUCUGUACAACCCGGUACAAACCAAGCCGGUAUUAGUCCACCAGCGGAACACGUACGACCGCCAUGUUUUCGCAGAGCGACCGUAUCUUGGAGCACUGCUGUUUGACAACAAUGACUCUGAUGCCAGAGACCAUUGCGCUGCAGAACGCACUUUCUUGUCGUGGUUAAGGCUGGCAACAUAUAUGGCCAUCGUGGCCGUAGCGAUUCUCAUCUCUUUCCACUUGAAGCACACCCCGACACCCAUUGAAAGGCGAGUUGCCCUGCCAUUCGGUGUCGUCUUCUGGCUCCUCGCACUCGCUUGCCUUGCGUCCGGCGUCACCAAUUACAUCAAGACGGUUAGUCGAUACAGCAGGCGGCAAGCACUUGUGCAGAGUGGCGCCGGAACGCAACUGGUGUUCACAGUUGUGGCCGCAGCCAUCGUAGCUGCGUGUAUUCUGUUCUUGAGUACGAAUGCAAGCACAAAGUGAUUAACGCAAGUUCCACAUUUAGUCCGCAGCGGAGCCGUCAGGAUCGUCCAGCAAUCUUAAUGCGCAUCUGCGUGCCUUCCGUCUUCAGCGAAUCCGCCACGGAAAGUCCCGUGCCGGAUCCGUCUCCCCGCAGCUUUUGCGAGCUUCAUCCUUCGAAUGGGAGAAAGCUGAGUUGAUACGUCCUCCGAAACUGUGGGCCAAUUGCAAGAUGGCAACUACGAACGCAGCCCCGGCAGU